AUCAGACUUAGUGCACGUUACAAAACUAUUUUUAAACAAACAUUGUGUUUUAGGGGUGCUGUAACCCCCUGCUAGGAAGAAAAAGGAGGUGCUAAGGUAGGAUUUAUGAGCAGGCUCCUGAAGGAGAAACCUAUAGCGCGAUUUAAUGGUUUGAGGCGCUUGAGACAAGAGGGCAGGAGGAUUGUUAAUAGCCUCUGUGUUGGUUGGCGUGACAGGGUGUCCUCCGGAGGUGCCACCUGCAAAGGGUCCGGUUUGGGUAGCGGCUGAGCCUGAAGAAAAUACUCGGGUUACCCCCACACGACGCUGUGCUGGGUAGGGACUAGUCCGGUGUUCAGUGCAGCAAGUGGAGGAGGAGGAGGGUAAAUGCAAGAAAGAGGAGGGCUCGUGUUUCUCACGUGUUCUCCGUCUCUAAAGAACUGUGUGUUUGGGCCCCUCCACACUGCAAAUGUUCCGCAUGCAGGAAUCCUUUAACGGGUUCUGGUGAAUGGCAUUUUAUCAUUACUUACAAAUCUAAUCUAUAUGUUCAAUAUAUCUAUGCAAGAUGGGCCAUUUAAGUAAAGCAGACAUAUGUCCAUUAUAAACGGAGACCAUAAAAAACAUUCUCGUCGGUAAGGACCUGCACCCUGAGAAACAUUCCUAGAUGCUGGACACUCGGUGCAAGAGGAAAAACAAAAAGAGAAGGGAGAUCGGAAUCAAGGUUAUGAAAUCAUGAGUUGUGGACGAGCCUGGAUCAUUACUGCAUUAAUCUACCUCUCGUCGGCAGGGACACUGGAAGAAGAUGAUCUCUGGCACUGGGAACAACAGAAAUUUUCAAGAAGAGGUAGAAGAGAAGCUUCCCAAGAAAUCACUAGUCCUCAGAGACUGGUGUUGCAGAUCCACUCGCCUAAUGAAAUCCAGCACCAUAGACUCAGCACCAGGGUCAGAGAAGGCCACAGACGGACUGGGACGUACCACAAUAGAAUACAUCUGGCUCAGGCAUCGUUCAUGGUGAAAGCCUUUGGUUCUUCCUUCGUUUUAGACCUUGAAUUAAAUCAUCAUUUGCUGUCAUCACAGUAUGUUGAACGACACUUUGGUGAGGAAGGAAAUGUUACUCAGAAUAAGGGGGGAGAGCACUGUUAUUACCAUGGAAAAGUUAGGGGAGAUGCAGAAUCCAUUGUGGCUGUUUCAACUUGCCAAGGCCUUCAUGGUGUUUUCUCUACUGGAAAAUAUACAUAUAUCAUUAAACCACUUACCAGUGACAGUGAAGAGACUUCCCAGGAGCACAUGGUUUCUCGAUCUCCAAGACUCAGUUUCCAAGAAACAUGUUCUGGCUCUGAAUGCUUAUUAUCAGACUUGGACUGGUUUAUUCCAUUCAAUGCAUCCAAGACAAGGAGGAAACGCCAGAUCCCAUAUUUACGAACAAGUGUACAGAGUGAAACAAAAUACAUUGAGCUGAUUGUUGUCAAUGACCAUCACCUGAUUGAACAACUUCGUCACUCCGUGGUUGCCACUGGUAACUUUGCCAAAUCUGUCGUCAACCUUGCCGAUGCAAUUUAUAAAGAGCAGUUGAGGACAAGAAUUGUACUAGUUGCCAUGGAAACCUGGGCUACGAAUGACAAGAUAGAGGUAGCAGAAGACCCAGUACAGACUUUGCGUGAGUUCAUGAAGUAUAGAAGAGAGUCCAUUCAGGAACAAGGAGAUGCAGUACACCUCUUCUCAGGACGAACAUUUAAAAGUAGCCGCAGUGGUACUGCAUAUUAUCAAGGAAUUUGUUCAUUGACAAGAGCAGGAGGUGUAAAUGAGUAUGGAAAUGUAGGUGCCAUGGCUAUCACUCUUGCUCAGAGUCUGGGGCAGAAUAUCGGCAUGAUGUGGAAUAAACACAGAGCUGCAGCAAGUGAAUGCAAGUGUCCUGAUGUCUGGCUUGGAUGCAUCAUGGAGGAUACAGGAUAUUACCUCCCUCGCAAAUUUUCUCGGUGCAGUAUUGAUGAAUAUAAUCGAUUCCUGCAAGAUGGGGGUGGCAGCUGUCUUUUCAACAAGCCCACAAAGCUGCUGGAUCCACCAGAGUGUGGGAAUGGCUACAUGGAAGCAGGAGAGGAGUGUGACUGUGGAUCUCCAUUGGAUUGUCCAAAAGCUGGAGGGAACUGCUGCAAAAAAUGUACCCUUUCCCAUGAUGCCAUGUGCAGUGAUGGACUGUGCUGCAGGAGAUGCAAGUAUGAGCCUAGGGGUGUGGUUUGCCGGAAUGCGGUGAAUGAGUGCGAUAUCCCUGAGGCAUGUACAGGGGAUUCAAACCAUUGUCCCUCUAAUGUUCAUAAGCUGGAUGGCUACUCCUGUGACAGUGGACAGGGUCGUUGCUACAGCGGAAGAUGUAAAAACAGGGAUGGCCAGUGUAUUGCAUUGUGGGGAUAUGGUUCCGCGGACAGGUUUUGCUAUGAGAAGCUGAACAUUGAAGGGAAAGAAGCUGGAAACUGUGGCAAAGAAGGCGAGACCUGGAUCCAGUGCAACAAGCAAGAUGUGCUGUGUGGUUUCCUUCUGUGUUCCAAUGCAAGCAGCUCACCCAGGUUUGGGGACCUUGAUGGUGAAAUCGCAAGCAUGACCUUCUACCACCAGAACAGAUAUGUGGACUGCAGGGGUGGACAUGUUCUUAUGGACGAUGGUACUGAUGUCUCUUACAUUGAAGAUGGCACACCCUGUGGGCCAAACAUGAUGUGUCUUGACCGUAGAUGCCUCCCUCUCACUGCCUUCAACCUUAGCUCCUGUCCAGGCAGUACGGAUGGAAGGGUCUGCUUUAACCAUGGGGUAUGUAGUAAUGGUGCUCAAUGUAUCUGUGACCGUGACUGGACAGGGAAAGACUGCAGUGUUUAUGACCCGGUUCCUAGUCCUUCUCCAACAGAUGAAACAGAGAACUACAAGGAAACAUCCGGAGAGGAAGAUCUGGAGGUGCCUAGGAUUCUUCUGUUCUACAAACUAAGUCUUCCUCUUGUAUCUACCUUUGUAUCUACUUUCAGAAACAUUUUUUUGAAGAAAAAAAAAAAAGGUAAUUUCGGGUGCUUGAAGGGUAUUGCCAUUUCUAUUGGGCAGCCUUUAUGGGUCCUAAUGUCUGUCCUUUCCAACUGGUUUCUGUCUGGUAUCUAUCCUGAAGAGAUCUCUUGGGGAAAGCAUUCGAAGAUUAAUUUAGCACAGAACAUCACCUGCCCAGCACAGAACAUCACCUGCCCCCCAAGUACUUAAUGACAGCCUUAUAGAAUGUGGAAAUGGCACACCCCACACAGUGUCUGGAACGGCUCUACUUUUGUAUUUUGUUAAAUCCUCUUUUGUGAGGAAAUUGGAAUGACAGCUUUAAAGCACUUUGCUGCCGUGCUACGUAGACCACUCCCCAUUCUCCUCCCAGCAGCAGCGAAUGUAUCUUUUAACUCCACUUUUUAUGUGCCUCACGUUUGUCUGCAAUUUCCAUCUCUGCUGUCAGACUUCUGUACUGUCUAUAAGAGAAAAAUACAGUUGAGCAGGGACCAUUUGCCAAACCUGCCUGUAAAAAUAUGCUGCCUGCUUCAUUGCAAUCUCUGUGGAUCUGUUCAAUAACUGGCUUUCAUCUCUUACGACACUCCUGCCCAGUAUAGCCAUGAAUGGUUGGUCAGUAUGCUAUAAAUUUAGACAGCUACACAAAAAUGCAGAAAUAACUUUAGGGGAUGAUAUGCAUUUCUAUGGCCUUAUGUAGCUAAGAUUUAUUUUUUACAGUUGUGUUUUUGCUCAGACUUUCUAUCACUAAGUGUAAGUGAGAACAGCACACUUAUGGAAUUUCCAGGGAAACGACUGUCAAUGUUGAGUCACCGAUUAAACGAUAUUCAUCUGUCUGUUGCCCUUCUCCUCUGGGUGUCUUCCACAUUCAUCACAGAGUGUAUAUUUUCUUGUUUGAGGCUUCUUUUUGUUACGGGGAAAAUGAUAGGUAGUCCACUGAUUUUAUGCCAAGACAAAACUGACAAGAGUCAUUAGAUAUCUGAACUCCAGUUUAAUAUUAAGGUUAAAAAAUGCAGCUGAUUUUGUAAAUACUGACAUACUGCUCUCUGUGUUGCAGAAUUACAUCUGGAUUUUUUUUUUUUUUUUUUUUUUUUAGUUGAUACUGUGCCUGCAUGCUUUGGCUAGUUUGCCUUCAGUUUUGCUGACCCAUCAAUGAUCACAGAGGUCACUUAAUUAUCUACUAAUAUCUAUUAAAUUCCUAGAGAUAUCCAUUGUACAAGACCUUGCUCAUCUCUGAAUACUUUUCAAGAAACUCUGUUACAUAUGAGGUGAUACCUAGACAAAUGUGUGUCUUAUGCAAGGAUGGUUUUGGUGCUGAUCUGGGGUGCUCAGUUGUGGCAAGCAGUUGUCAGACAUAAUCCUAGCCAAAAAGGAAACCAUAAUUGUCUCAUGAUGAUGAGGAGGCAAUAUUUAUUUAUUUCAAUUUCUUAAUGCAGUAAUCUCACUGAGCCGUAAGUUACUUUGCAUGGGAGAUUCCUGGGAUUCAUAAAAGUUACCACUUAGUGUACACUUUCUGUAUUCAAGAACACCUGUAUCACAUUGCAUGUGCUUUGUAUUCACUCAGAAAGGUUACACUACCAAACCUUUAUAAAUCCCAGGGACAGAGGAAAAUCCUUUACAUUAUAAAUCUAAGGCUAGUUUAAACCACAGAACCCAGACAAAUCCCACUCAUAUAUGGGUAAAACAUGCAAACUCCACCCAAACAGCAUCCUAAGCUUAGGAUUGAACCACAGAUCUUAGAGCUUAGAAGCAGCAGCAAUAAUUACUCCACUAUCCAGGGAUCUACACUGACAGCAUAAUGCCGCUUGGCAAUGUUUAAUUGAUGCAUGCCAGAAAGUGUCAAAGCCCAUAUUCAAUACCUGACUUUCUGACUGUAUUAUGGCAAGAUUUCAUGCCCCCUUUUCAUCUUCAAGUAGGAAGAUCAUUUGAAGUCAGUAUCUUGUCUCUGCCUUAUCUGUCUUCUGAUGACAAAGUUUGUUCUUGUACCAUGACACCUUUGAAGUGUCCUCUGUAAGCAUUUUAAAAAAUCAAAGGUCAUGAAAAAGCAACAUGACCAUUGCAAAAUCUGCCAGAUCUACACAUUUUAAUGAGGUGAAUGAUUUAUAAUAUUUAGUUUAGAAAGUGUUAAAUUGUAUUACUUGUACUUUCCAUGGGUGUAACCUCCUUACCAUAUGAAAUACCAAAUUACACUGUUCUUGAUGCAAACACCGAGUUACUUUACAAAUUAUUUUCUUGAUAAGGAUACCCCCUAAUUUUUUCUUGGAACUGGAAAAUCCUGUUAUAACAUCAUGGAAGACAAUGCCUCACUACCUAAACUAACAUGUUGACUACUAUGUCUCGCAAGGGGAACAUUUUACAUUGAUAACUAACAAACCUGAUAUUGAGGUAGUAAAACCACAAUGUAAAUAAGCAACUGGUCUAUUAAAAAAGUAACUUGCGUUUAAUUACUUGUAAUGCCUUACUGGUAUAUGUAAGUUAUUUUUGAUGUCUACAGUGACAUCAUUGUGGGGGGAAAUUAUACAGAAAAGAUGAUCAUACUGUACAAUUAAAACAUUUAUUUUUAUUUAUUUUUGUUGACCAGGUAGGCACACUGGUCUGGAGAUCAUUUUCAGUCAUGACCUGGACCAUAUGGACUAGAGAAGCACAGCAUGAACUUACAUAUACAGCAACAAAGCAAUUUGACAACAGUGCAAUGUUUGGGUAACAUACGUGUAGAUCAAAACAAUUAAUAAACUGAACAUUAUUUUGGAAAUAAAUAGAGCAAUGCAAAGCAUAGGCUUGCAUGCUAAGUCCGCUCUAGUCUGGUUGUAUAACAGAAGCAGAGCUUCCCUGAACAGAUUAUUGUAUCCUAAACAUUGUGUAAUGUAUACCGUAUAAUAAGGACUCAUAGUCUAUGCUAACACAAUAGUAAGUCCAAUAACAGAAACUAAAUGUCUGCAUACUCAUGUAGUAAAGUCUCAUAGCUUUAUAAUGAAAACUAUAUGCAAGCGUGUUAGGCUUUCCUUUUGUACACAACAGUUGUAUACAAAAGCAUAGUCAUUUUUAGCACCUGAUGACCAGGAAGACUAAUCUGAAUGAUAUUUGAUAUGUUUAGGUCUAACACACAUUGAGUCAGGAAGACAUUAUGUAUUAAAGUAUGUUAGCUGGCAUUCCUGAAGCAUUUUGCUGAUGUAUUCCUCUACAUCGGUGUUUUUUAUCUUUUUCUUAAAACACUAUAGAUUCUUGCUGUUUUUUUAUGUUGUCUGGUAAUUUGUUCCAGCGGGCAGGGGCAAAUUUUGUAAAGACUUUUGGGAAGGGGUCUUACCAGCUGCAAUGAGUUGUUAUUUCUGAGUAAAUGUGUCUUUAAUUGGCAGCGUGUUCAUUAUUGGUGGACAGAACCAGAGUUUAAGAGUCUGUAGAUUAGGGUAUUCUGCAAAUAGUUUUGGAUGCAACUGGUAGCCAUUUGGCUCUCUUUAAAUUGGUGCAGUGAUGCUUCCUGGAGUUUGAAUGGUGGAUGAAUCAUAACAUCUUAUUUUCAGUUGUCUGCAGUAAUGCAUCAGAAAACAUUCCAUAACAUUCAUUGUUUUUCAUAACUACUUGCAAGUUUAACAUCAGAAUUAUAACUGGAAAUGAAAAUAAUUGUAAAAGAAAGUUAGAUGGAAUGUGUGCACUUUAAACAUUUGUUUGUUAAAUAAAUAAAUAAUUAUAUAAAAUAAGUAAAUAAAGUGGAAGUUAAAUUAAUUGUAAAAUAAAGCUUUGUGGAAAGUGUGGUAAUAUAUUUUAAAUGUUUAUUUGUAAAUAGAUUGAUAGAUAAAUAAAAGUAAAUAAAAACACUUGAGGUGGUCAAUGUGUGAAGCAAAUGAAAUGCACAUCGAUGACAGCCAGAUCAUGGACUGCUGUAGCAGAGGCAUCUGUAAGGUGUUAAAUGCAAGUUAAAUUAAAAGUGUAUUUUGGUAACAUCCUCCUGAAAUACUCCAUUUCUAAAAGUAAUAACCAUCUGAGAAGCAGGGUGAUGGAUGAUGUUCCCUACCCAGCAACAUCACAACAAAAAGGACUUUUAGCAUUCAGUACUUGCCUCACUUCAGCAUCAGGUUAUUGUAAGGGUAACCCAUUGCUUUACUUGCCAUUCUAAAUCAGUAUCAUUAAAAAAAGAUAAACUUUGACUCAGAUUCCCACUGUACUUUGUUUAGGAACCUGUACCACCCAGUGAUGCCACCUCAUUGCACCUAAAUGUGAUGCUCACAAAGACGCAUGCCAAGAAGGAUAUAGAGCCUGUGCAAAGAACAGGCACUUUAGACAUGUUGGCUUUAUGUUUGCAUUAAUUUGUAGAGUAGUAUAAAUGCACGAUUUGCAUUAGUAAGCACAAAGCUUACAUAAACAUGCAUCUGGGCUAGCAAGCAAGUAAAAUGCACAAAAUACUUUUGCACAUGACCUUUGAGUAUCUUUGCCUUUACAAAGCAUUGUGUCUGGUAAAUGUUCCUUGACAGGAGUAAAAGUAUAUUUGAGCUUAUUCUUUUGUAAACCUGGGUCAGGUAAUGUAAUGGCAUCGAUCUCGAACAUGAGAUAUUCAAACCUGAUGCACUGUCGCUGAUUUUUAAGAGUGAAUUCUGACAACAAUUAGUUAAUACCAAAUGAGUAAGGUGCAACUUCCCUUUCCAAAAUAAGGGGGGAGUUUAAGUAGUCUUUGCCAUGUAUAUGGGGUAUAUGCAGAAUAAGUACCUUUCCGUUUAUCUUUCCUGUUCAGCUGAACAUUCAUUUUACGUGAAAGUUAUUACAGUUCCUUUUGUCAGCUUGAGAAGUGAAUAUGAUACGCUUCAUAAAUGCACUAUGAGAGCCCUGCAUAGAUAAGAACAGAGUAAUACUGAUGUGCUGAACCAUGUGUUUUAAAUUUUAGCUCUCCCAGAGGUAGCUAUAUUACGCAAGCUGACCUCUUCUGUACACACAUGGCAUAUUCAUUUUAUGGUAUAUCAGUUUGCAUUGUUGAGUAGUACUAAAUGGGUUAUGUAAACUGUGACAUCCAAAUAAUAUCCCACCAGACUGCCAAUAAUAAUGUGACGUCCCUUACUAUCCUGGGUCAGUAAAUAAAGAGCUUCAGUCCUCACUACUAACUCUAAUGUGAGACCAUCACUUAAACAGUAGUAAUAUUUCACAGUUCCCCAUAAGAGCACAACAGGAA